AUGCUUAAUUUUGUAAAUGUUAGUUGUGAUACUACAAAUCACAAUAAUUCUAUUCCUGUAUAUGAUGUCAAUGAUAAACGAACUGCGCCUGUUGAAACAAUAGAAGCAAGUGAACAAUUUGAUAAAGAUUUAUUACCUAGUUCAUUGGAAUUAAAGGAUUGUAAAUCUUGUAGAGUAUGGAAAGAUGUCGAAAAAAGUGCUUUGGUUAAUAAUAGUUAA